AUGGCCAAACCACUUGAGACCUCUGAUUUCGACUCUGUUGAUAAUUGUCUCUGGAGCAUUCAUUCGGUGUCUGAUCUCUAUGUUGAAUUGCGGGCUCAUCCCCAGAUUAACGAGUACGACGUUCCCCAGGGAAAGCCUCCCUCGUUUGUGACCCCGGGACAGACCUACAGGAUAGCCUCGGGAGCGACGGUCAUUCUGCCAUGUCGCAUCACGCAACCUGGGAGCUAUGUACUAGCUUGGAAACGUGGAAUUGCUGUGUUGACAGCUGGCCCAGUAAAAGUUUCUCCCGAUCCUCGUUUGCGAGUACUACCAUCACCAACCAUCGAGUCACCAGCUUCAAGGAUUGGAAGUGUUCCAGAACUUUCAGGAGGAGGAUAUAGUUUGGAACUAAGAGAUGUCAGACCUCAAGAUGCUGGCGAUUAUAUAUGUCAACUUGGCACUAUUGAACCCAAAGAAAUCGUACAUACUCUGGAAGUCUUGGUACCUGCUAGGAUUCACUUUGUCUCUCACACUGGUACAGUGGAAGUAACUCAAGGGCAAAUGGUCAAAAUGGAGUGUAAGGCUUCCGGUAAUCCGGUGCCGGCUGUUUCUUGGACAAGAAAGAAUAACGUCAUGCCCAGCGGAGAACGAAGCAUCCAAGGCUUGACCAUGGUCAUUCAACAUGCUGACAGACACUCUGCGGGACAGUAUCAGUGUUCUGCUGAUAAUGGUGUGGGAGAGCCUGAUGUCAGACAUAUAAACAUCAAUGUUUUAUAUGCCCCGGAAGUGGAAGUGGAGAGGACCACAGUUCAUACAGGCAUUGGGUUGGAAGCUUUGUUAGUUUGCAUUGUUUACGCGGAGCCAGCGGCACAGGUUAUUUGGUUUAAAGACACUACACAGCUGGGUACAACAGAGCGACAUACAACACAUGCCAGAGGAAACAGAUAUACGCUAUCUAUCAGAAAUGUAUCUGCAGCAGAUAUGGGUAACUACAGUUGUGUUGCAUCAAAUGUACACGGCAAAGCACGAGGUCACGUGAUACUCACAGGAACAGCAACAACGGCAGUGAUAGAAUCACCACCAAAAGGCACAGAAAGGGACAAGUUCACAAUUUCCUGGACCGUCAACAGUCAUUCCUCUAUCAUUGAAUACCGACUAUACUACAGACAACAGCCCAGACAUCACCACCAACACAGACAGGAAGAGACCAACGAGUACAAGAGUCCAAGAAUUAAUGGCACCAAGAUUGUUGGAUUCAGAAAUGACUGGAGUCUUGUGACAAUAAAUGGCCCUGGAUUUUCAAAUCGUCAUUUCUCUGGAAUGAUUCCUCCCUAUCCAGGAGUGACAAAGCAAACUAUGAACUACACUCUGAUCAACCUCUUACCAGCAACAACCUAUGAGGCCAGGGUCCAAGCAAAGAAUGAUUAUGGAUGGAACAAGGCAUCACCUAUAUUUCACUUUACAACACGCCCUAAUGACAUGGAGAAUUUGAUUGAACCUUCCGCCCAACCGGCGGUCUACGGUUCAAACCAGAGCCAGGGCAUGAGCAGUACCCAAUCACGUCCAUUCCUAGCUUACGCACUGUACUGCCUUACGCUGAUCUGUUGUCUCUUCAACUAGGAUUUGUGAGGUUCUGAAGAGAUAUAAGGAAAUUAUUGCUAUAACGAACAACCGGAGUGAGUGGUUUAACAUGGAUGGUCAAGUGCAUUUCCUGACAUAACGUGUUUGUUAAAAAUUAUUCCCAUUGUUCUACAUACGUGAGUGUUAAAUAAAAUUGAAUGUGUAGAUUUUCCGUUUAUAAUAAUACAUUCACCAUUGCCAUUGUUCACUUUUAUAUGUCGAAAAUGUAUUUAGGUAAUUCUUCUGUUGUACUUUAAGUAACUCUAAAAAAACAUGAAAAAUGCUUUUUACCGUUAUUGUAAUUAUGCUAAAAUUAUUUUAUUACCUACUAAUGCGAUACAAAAUGAUUGAAGUAGUUGGUUAUUAUGAUUUUACUUAUUUAGUUGGUAGUACUUUCCAAUUUCAACCAUUUUCGUUCGAUCAAUAUUAUAUUUCCUAUAUAAAUUUUUAAAUAUCUAAGUCUAAAAUAAUGUUACAUCUAUCCCUGUUAUCAAACAGAUAAUAAAACAAAAACUAUACAGGGUGGCCCGAACUGUAUUCCGGAAACUUUGGCAGCGUAUU